GAACUGUCGUCGGCAUUGUGGGAUUUACUACCCCCGACGCCGCCUUCAUGUCCUCCCCUGGAGACAAUAUUGAGAUCGGCGAGGACGUUGCGGCCAUUGUUCAGGAGGAGAUUGACAAAUUGAAGGCAGAGGGCGUGACGACAGUCAUUGGAUUGAGCCACAUGGGGUUCAAUGAGGACAAAACCCUGGUUAAGUUGCUCUCGGGGAUCGACGUCGUUGUUGGGGCACAUUCCCACACUUUCAUGAACGAGGAAUCGUAUCCCAAAAUUGCUGUGGACAAAGACGGAAACAAGGUGGCCAUUGUGCAGGCUUUCUGGGCGUCCAAGGUUGUGGGAUACCUGGAGGUCGUCAUGAGAAACGGCAACGUCCUAUCGGCCACCGGAUACCCCAUCAUCCUGGGAGACGACCCCGCACUGCCAGCCUAUGUCCCGGACGACGAAGAGAUGCUGGGCCUCAUUCGCGUGUACGCCGCAGAGGUGGACAAGUAUCGAAACCUUGUCGUGGGAGAAGCCGCGGAAUUCCUGAACGGGCAGAGGGAAGACGUCCGAUCGGAGGAGACGAACCUGGGAAACAUGGUUUGCGACGCCAUGGUCUGGUACAUCAAAAGCCACACCGAAUUCGAGGCGAGUCACGGCGAUGUGCAUGCCUGCCUCACCAACAGCGGCGGCAUCAGAGCUUCGAUCGACAGCGGCGAAGUGACGUUUGAAGACGUGCUCACCGUCUUGCCUUUCGGAAACGUCCUCUCCAUUGUGAAGGUGGCGCCGGUGGACCUGUACCAAGCCCUAGAGAACG